GAAGAGCAGGGGGCUUGGCUUCCCUCCGCGCUCUCUGCGCAAGAGCGUCGAGUAGGGGAAUUUUCAUCUGAUGUAGAAUUGAGAAUCGAGGGCAAGGAAAAAAAAUGUCAUGUUCCCUCAGAUGCGCGCCGCGUCUCCUUCACGCGACCGCCUUGUUCCUCCAGCUCAAUUUUUCCCCGGUAGCCGGGACUGGUUUUUUCCUGAAAAGAACGAGGAAAAGUUCCAGCAGGGCGAAAAACGGGCAAAAAGCUACAGCCUUCUCGUCUCGCACAGCCCGUCCCGAUCCGCCCCCCUUGCGCCACGACGCGGAUGUUGUUUUCACGAACAGCCUGACGGUAUGGCAGUGCACAACCCCCCUUCCCCCUCAUUUGUCAUGCAAAAUACCCAACCCACCCUUUGCUUCUUGGCACUGUUCUUUGCAUGACAAGUUCUGGCAGCCUAAAUAGCAUUACACUCUUGUCCAAGUUUGUCAUGCAAAGCCUGUAUUUUUGCUGACGCCUGUAUUGCUGUUCAUGCAAUACAAAUCAGGGGGAGGGGGAGUUGUGCAUCGUUAUAGACGGAUGAAGUCAUUGCGACACUCCCCGUGGAGAUCCCGCGGGAUUUUUCGCAUUUCAUGCAGGGACUGAUGUUCCGACACGAGCUGCGGUCGGCGGAAGGAGCUGCGGUGGAAGAGGAAAAACUUGACUCUUCUUCUUCUACUUCAGAAACAGCAGAUUUAUCACAAAUAACAAAUCCUCCUGGUAAAGACGCGGGGAUGAUUUUCCAGUGGGAGCACGACGAUAACAACAACCACGGCGCACGGGGGUUCUGGAUGAAGCAGACUUUUAUUGAUUUGGAUAUUCUGUGGUGCGACUCCAAGAUAUGCAUUGCAAAUAUGUCUGGGUCUGGGAACUUGUGUUGCUACAGUAUGGACGAGUCUGGUGCUUUCCAGUGCAGCCGCGCAUGACAAGUUUACUUCACGCCGUCUGAAGAUGCGUAGCACGCAUAACAAACUGCGUGGUCUUUGCAUGACACAAAAGUCACUCUGCUCUGCAUAGGCAAAGACCACUGCGUGGUCUUUGCAGGACAAUUUACUCUGCUACGCAUAGGUGUAUCCACUUUUUAGGGUGUUUCUUUCGUAAGUGGGGCUGUGUCUUAGGAUCUCGCUUCUCACUUUUCUACCUUUCUUUUUUCUCCCUCGGUGCUAGUUGAUGGCGUUGCGCAGAACUAUUUCUACUUGGGCACCCACACAUCUUCCGUCGCAGCCGUCCCAGUAGAUGCUGUGGAUGUUCUUCGGUAGAAAUCGCACUGCCCAAUAAAUUCCGCUAGAGUUUACCGGGUUUCUUGCCUCAUCCUUGUAGCGCUAGAUCGCGGAUCCCGCUUCCUCGCAGGGGCAGCUGUUUUUUUUCCGUUUUGCCAGCGGACCGGUGGAGGGGUUGGGGUUGCAGCUGCGGCUGCUUGCGUGUAGAUUUAUUGUGGUUCGAGUUUAUAGGAAAGGGCGUUUAUUUUGGUAUGUGGGCGUUCCUGAUAUUGUUAUUGCCGCUCGGGCUUAUCCGUAUCGCUACAUGUAUCUCUAGCCUUUUAUUGGUUUUAAAAAAAAAUAACCAGGCCCUCUUUGCGAUCUCCGGUGAAGAACUAUAGCGCGCAAUUCCUAACUUAGUCCCUGGCUCGGUCUGCUAAUCCGGGUAAGUAGCAACAUCGUCGUGCUUCUUCACUAAAUCGCUUACUGGUGUCUGCCCGCUCGGGGAAUAAUUACAUAAACGGCUGCCGCUUGUGGUGGUCAGAGGCGUUCGAGUCUACCUAGUCCCUAGCUGCGCGCUACUCUUUUAGUUCGUGCGGGCUCCAGGUGCUGCGAUCACCGGCAGGAGCAUAACAACAGCGAGCAUAAGGACGUUAGAUUUUCGAUUGCUUUACAUAUACAAGACCGGUGCUUUUUGCAUCGGCCCGCCGAAGCUUUGCGUGCGGGUUCAGCAGUCUUCUUUCUCGCGAAAAAGGUGAGUCUCCUGACCCUUCUGGUCGUCACCAUUCCGCCGGUGUCUGUGCUCUCGGGCGCGUCACCCACCUCAGGACCUCAGGCUACUGUUUGUCGAAAUAAUUUACAUGGGGACGCCCUGCCCUUAGCCUUCCAACAUGACACAAAAGUCACGUUUUUGCUGGCUAUGCAACACAGAUUUUCGAGGAAUGCAAAACAUGCAACACAACUUCCACUCAUGUUCCAGGCCCAGACAUAUUUGCAUUUGGUACAAGAACGAUUUGGUGGAUUUCAAACAGGCCAAAGCCGACGACUUGAACGCGGUGACGCCGUAUGAACUGCAAAUUAAAUGUCUGGGUCUGAAAACUUGUGAUGUAUGUCAGUGAACAGGAAGCGCACUGUAAUGCACCGCCAAGCAUGACAGAUUGCCUCGUGGCUCUGUGUUGCGCAUUCCGCAUGAGAAAGAUCGUGUUUGCAUGACAGACAAGAAGAGGUCUUCGUGGCCACGCAAUACAGAGCUCAGAGUCAUGCCAAACUAGCAUGAGAAAUCUCACAACCUUCCAGACCCAGACAUAUUUGCAAUGCAUACGCCGAGUAGAAGCGCGAAAUUUGUCGUGGAAGCCCGGAAGGGGUGGGCGGCGGAGAAGCUAUUCGGGAGGAUGUUGCGGAGUGGUGGUGGAGAAGAUAGUAGAAAUGAUAAUCCUAUCAAAUGUAAAAGUGUCUGGGUCUGGAAGAAUGCAACUUGUGAUGCUGCAUUUGGAUUCCAAAACAAGCUGUAUUGCGUGAGCAGCAAAGGGAAUGCGAUUUUUGCUACGGGAGGGCAUUUGUCAUGCGGAAUAGGCAUCAAGAUGCCCUUAAAACGUCUGCGAUGCUUGGGCAUGCAUCACAGACAUCACGGCUCAUGCAAAACGUGCAUCACAAGUCUCAGAAUCUUCCAGAUCCAGACAUUUUUGCAUCUGAUAAAUCCCUCGUUAGAAAACAUCAAGUGCGCGAUUGAUUUCAAGAACGGGGAAACAUCCUUGCUGGGCGGAAUGAUGCGGCCGCCGGGCGGGAAAGCAGACAGGGAAGUAGGAGAAAAACCGCAGCAGUUCUUCAUUGCCAAAGACGACCUCCCAGCGUUCGGCGCGAGUCGGGAGGAUGUGGUGCUGGCGAGGGCGAGGGGGGUGCUGGAUUUUUGAAUACGGAAUCACGUGCACUUGAAGUUCUUCGACCGUGAAACACCAAGCGAAUGCUGCCAAGACACCUACAGAUUCAUUUUUUCCCGGUACGCGAAUGUAAAACGAAUUCCAGAAUUUUCUUCAGUGGCAUGUACUUCCGGUCGUGGUGCUGCUGCGACCUAGAAAGAUCCGG